GUAUAUAAUCACCACGAACAUGAAGCCCUGAGAGGGCAACAAGGUUGGACGAUUAGAGAUUCCACAUUAAAAGGUAGGUUUAAGUAAGGAAGAAAUAAUGCUACUAUCGGAUCUUCUUAGAAAAUUUUCUGAAGAACCUACAGUGUGGGCAACAAUGGUGUAAAUAUUACUCGCCACUAAAGGGCUGUAAAACCUGUCUAACCUGUAACAAUCGUUGGAUUCCUUCUUAGGCUAUCACGAAGCAAGACUUAAGUUCGGUUGCGCUAAAUCUGCAAAGCAUAACAAUUACUCUUACGUGGUAUUCUACAAAAAAAAGACCCUUUUAAAUUCGUGAUCAGUCAGUACUGAAAGGAGACAGCUAUCGUCCCGACAGGAAGAGAGUACCUGGUUAUUAUAUUUCCAGAUUGAAUAGCGUAUUUUUUGGUAGAUAUGAAGUGAUGUUUUGCCUCCUAAACCAUAGCCAUGCCAAAUGGUUUACAUCUUCCUCAGUGUUGUUGCCUCGCGUUAAAUUUAUGUGUUCCCUCUAUAUUAUUUAAUCCGCUGAAAUUUAUUAACUGCAACAAAGGAAAAAAAGCCGGUCACAAGCUUGUGAAAGGUCAAAAAUUUAUCUCCGCCUACGUCCUUGUAGACGCCUUUCGCAACUUUCCUGUUCUUUUUUCUCAAUUUAGGUUGUAAUGGUUCCUUUUGUAUUUAAAUAAACUGUUGACGUUGUCAACAAUAGAUAGUUUUAUCUUUCGCCGCGGAUGCAAAUCCAGUAAUCGUCUUGGCUCCGCUGCCCAAGGUAUUCUCUUCCUUACGCAAAUAUUUCUUCCAGACUAAGGGAAGUCGUAUGAAACUUGUCUUCCCUUUCGGGCUAAACUCUCACCGGUCAAGUAGGAAAUUUAAGGCAAAUUCGCAUAAAACAAAAACAUAUAUGGUAUAACCUGAAAUAAUAGAGAGGAAAAUCUCUUUGAAAAUGCUAUAUUCACAACAGAUGCAGAUAUCCUUCAUAUAUCAUACGUCUACUCUAGUUACAGACUGGAAUUUCCUCACCACCCACAGAUUUUGAUUUCCGAUCUUGUCACUACUCACAUUUCUUACCACCUCCUGAGUUAAAUCCUCUUUCACCUUCUUAAAUGAAAUCUUGUUUCGCCUGAAAGUUUUAAAAAUUCGUAUGGUGCACAGGUGUUCCUCUUUGUUUCGGUGAAAAAAAUAUUUAAAACUAAUUGAACGGCACGAAUGAAUUUUUUAAAAUUUUAAAAAUCAUCACUUGGCAAACUACGAAUAAGCUAGCCUGAUUUAAACGUGUCGAUUAUCAUUAGUGCCAGAUUUCUUGCUGACCCCUCGCCGCGUCGCUUUACUAAAAGGGUCUCAACUUGAUCACGGACGAAGAGACGCUCGUGCUACAGUAAAAAUAAUGAAGGCGUGCUCGCAAGACAGUUAAUGUGUGGUUUACCUCUUUUGGAUAAUAAUUUCGAAUCAAAAUAAUUACGCUUAUAACGCGGGCUUCCUCACAGAUCAGACAAGGCAUGAUAUCAAGGAAAAAGCUCGAAUAACAUGUAAAACCCGCUGCAUAAACCGGUUAUAUCUCCCGUCUUGUGCAGGCUCGCAACACGUGGCAAUCGAUGUAAGAUUGAUGUUUGUAAUCUCUUGAGUGCACGCGGUCCAAUCCACAAAGGUAGGGUAUCUAAAAUAUCAUUAUCCACUGUGUUGCUUUUUAAAACCAGGAGCCCAUUGGGCUCCUGAUAAAACUAAUUCAAGUUCACUCUCAUGUUAGGCUUAAAUUACCAGUCAAGCCUUCUGCUUUUGGCGUGUAAAGGAUUUUGUUGUUCAAUAGUGAAAAAAUUGUCAGUAUUUGUUUGGAAAAUCACGUGGUCGUAAAACACAGUCGACUGCAUCGACUAAAUAUCAAAUUGAUAUUUGAGCGAAAAUGUAGGGUUAAAAAUUUGUGUCUCGGAAAUGCUUAACAAAUCGCGCAGAAUGUAGAUCAUGGAACAUGCUUUUGCGGUCUUCUUUGAAUAUCUCCUUAAGUCAAGUUUAGUACAUUUUUUUAAUCAUUUUUGUUAUUAUGUUUGGUUGACCUUGAGUGACCGGGCAGGCACACGCAUAACUUGAUUGCGCGAUUAUGAGACAACACCCUUUUAGAUGAAAUAGAUGAUCAUUUUGAAUCAGUUUGAAGGUGCUCUCAUACAAUUUUACCACAGGAAUCUCUUGCAUUUUGUACAAAUUGUGUGAUUAUUUUGAAAAAUUUAGAGUUUUUUAGAAAUAAAAAUAAGAUUUAUCAUACUUGAUAUUUUGCGAAGCAAAAUAUAAAGAAAUGGAUGCUAUUUUUGUUCUCGUCAUGGACUUUGAUUUCGAAGACAUAAAGGUCUUGAUCCUAACCACUAAUGACGCAGAUAGUGUCAUAAAACAUUUAAGAUAAGCUGGAGAAUUUGCGACUGCCUGAAAAUAUGUCGCAAAACAUUAAUUUAUAAUGCCAUGAAAUUAUAAUAAUGAUAAUAAUAUUUAUACGUGAUAACCCUGUCUGCGUAAUAAGCACUGGUAUCAAAGGAGGUCCUGUUAUUAGAGUACAUAAGUAAAACUAUAAAAGGUCUAGGAGGUAAAAAUUCACUGAGAAUUGUCACACGGCCAAAAAUACAUAAAAAGAAGCAUACAUCUACAUAUAAAACUUAUCAUCUAAUUAAGGAAAAAGUCCUUUGUCCCCCUUGAGAAAUUAAGAUUCAAUAUGGCGAGGAAGACCGUUGAAUUUUAUCGCACCAGUAAAAUAAAAACAUCUCUUAGCAACCUCUGAGUUGACUUUCGAAAUACGAAUGUCAUGACAGCGUCUAGUCGAAACUGUGCGAACAGUAAAGUAAAAAUAAUUAUUUAGAUAAGGUGGUACCGAACCAUCUAUCUGGUAAACAAGACAAUGUGAAGUUUACGCCUAUCAAUCAAGGGCACUAGACCCAAAGUAGCAUUCACUUCUUUCGUAUCGAGACUAGAAUUUGGAAAAAUUAACUGUGCAGCUCUAUGCUGUAGUCUCUCGAGGGCAUCAGAAUUAACUUUUCCACAUCCAUGCCAAGCGAUAUCACAGUAGUCAAACGUAGGUAAAAUCAUCGUUUUAUUAACGUUUAAAUAGCCAAACAAUUGAUAAUGGACGACUUCCUCAGCGAUUUUGGAAAUCAUUGGUAGAAUAGAAAUUGGGCGAAAGCUAUCCAUUUCUUCCGUGUUACCGGACUUGAAUGACGGCAUAACUCUUGAAGUCUUUCAGCCAGCUGGCAACACUCCAGAUGAAAAGAAAAGGUUAACUAUGCGAGUCAAGCACUCAGAAAUAACCGGGGCUCCGUUCUUAAGCGAGCGUGCGGGAAUAUUGUCUAUUCGAAUCCAGUAACUUUGUUCGUUGUUAGCUUUCUUAGCAAAUUGUAAACAACUUCAGGUCUUACUACACUUAGCUCGAAGGUUUCGUUUGUAAAAGGAGCUUCAGUACUUAGCGACGGUGAUUACUGUCGUUGGCAAGAUAUAGACGAUUAGAUUAAGAUAAUUUUUCACUGAUUGUCCUGACAAUUGAGACAAAGAAGUGAUUAAAACCACUGGGAUACCUGUGGUAGCCCAGUCAUAAAAUGCCUUUGUUUUUUUCCUCCGCCACAAAAUGGAAAAAUUGCGCAAUAGUACCCAGUGGUCAUUGGGCCCUCAACACCAUGACAACUAACUGUGAUCCAAUGAGGGUGAAGGUAUUCACAUGCUGAUCACGUGUUAUCUUGAUGAUGAUUGACGUUGUCAUGCACGGACAGGUCCGGGUCACAUGACGAGCACGAGAUUUUUGCUUAGAAAACUCUUUUGUCGGUCGUUUUGUAUUUCAACGUGUUUGGAUUACGAUCACCUGAAGCAUCAUAGCGCAAACGCUCGAAAUACUUACAGACGCAUACACAAGUCGUAUUGUUCGCGGCCAAUCCACACUAAAAGAUGUUAUUGGGCGGUGAUUUUGGACCGGAUUGAGUCGCGAACUGUGUAUCCGUUGUAGUUUCUGGUGAUUUCUGCCGUUUUAAGCUUGCUUUACCAUCACUGUUAUUCACAUCAUCUACUUUUAUUAUGUUGGUAAAAUCUGUACAGACAUCACACAAACCAACUCGCGCACAAAGUAAGAAGAGUAUAUUGAAGGCUUGAAAUUAUAUUACGAUCGAUUUUCAUCAAGAAAUGGGCCAGGAAUUUUUCACAAUAGAGUAAAUAAUCGUGAAGGCUGAUCGAGGAAAAGCGAUUGCGUGACGCUCGGUAAGCUGUAAGAUGACAUGUUAUUAUUUACCAGACGUAAAAACUCUUCAGAUUCUCAGUCUGCAUUUUGUACCCACUCUGCAGUCUCCAAUCUAUAUUUUGUAUCCGGUCUGCUGUCUGCAUUUUGUACUAACAGGUAUUUGUGGCACCAAUACAGAUUAUUUUUGGUUACAUUUAUUCGCACAACACACAUAAUCUACCACAAAAUACCUGUGUGUGAGGUAAUUCGACAUUUUCGUUCUUUUCCACGUUAAUACUCUUCUUUCCUUUUGUAAGAAUGUAGACCACAAGUAAUCCACCCACCCUACAAAAAAUAACUCUUGCAUGCAUAGCAUGCCUAUAUUUUGAAAUAGGUGUAUGCCCUUAGCCAGACUUUAGCUCACUAUUUCAGUAUACUAAUCCGACACCCGUAGUAUCACUGCACUUGAUUCCAAGGAUCCAGUACCAUCCAGGUAUCCCAGUUACCCUGCUCACAGGGUCUAGUUGCAUUUAUGUCUUAAUUUCGUGUGUUAAACAUGGGUUGUUGACAACUCUGACUUUCUUUUUGGAUCAAAGGAGCGUGCCGAUCAUACUGCACUUCGAAAUUGACACUAACCCUUUAACUCCUAGAUCAAAUUUGUAUUUCUCCUUACUGUCAACCAUACAAUUAUUAUAAUUUUAGUUCAGAGAAUUUAGUAUUAGAUCAAUUAAUUAUCCCCAACUUAAUAUUUUCUUUAUUCUUAACACUUGACUGGUUGAUAUUGUAUUGAUAUUGCAAGCAGAAAUUCUGUCUUGGUCACUUAUGGGAGUUAAUGAGUUUAAGAACUAAUGCAACUUUUUUGACGAGUUCAUCGUUUCCAUCCGGUUUUGUGGUGUAGACAAAAUAUGAUCAGACUUUUCACAUGCAAAGAAAUGAAAUCAGAGUAUCUAUUCACAUUUUACCUCAGCUUUCACUAUAUUUAAUUCUUGAUAAAGAAUGCUCUCGUCUUGGCCUGUAAAUAAUAGUUAACCGUGGAAGGAUGAGCGACCAUGAACGAUAAACUAUCUCGAAUUCAUAACCUGAAAAGUGGGAAGAGUAGACAUGACUUUCCACAUUUUACCAUUUUACCAUCAUUGACAAUUACAGAUUUAGAACUUAAGUCCUUCAACUUGCCAAAAUGCUACUAAAUAAUAUUUUGAACCGUUUGCCAACUACCAUGUUUCCUCAGAUAAGCCUCCACGCUCUAAGAAAACGCCAACCCUUGCCUAAAACCCCUCUUGAUUAAGCGCCCCUGCACUUUCCAAUCACUUUAUUCAUUAACUAGAGAGAGUUAAAAGAAAAAAUUUUCCUUACUUUAUCCAAACUACCUCUUAGCCUUGCCACAUCAGCUUCAGAUCAUGUGUCAUUAGCACCCCCACCCACCCACCCCUUUACUGUACUACCUUUUCUCAAAAAUUUUAAACAAGCGCUUGAGCGCUAUAUUCGAGGAAAUACGGUAUUUAAACAUUUUGUUAAACUUUCGUGCCAAAAAAUAAAAGAUCUACUGGCCUUUUAUCGUUUUAAACUGUGAUAGUACGUUGCCGCUAAUUGCUUUCGAUCUUACUCACGCCAGGACAUCUUACUAUGCUUUGCUCAGGUAUUGAGUACCAGUGUAUCAGUGUAUCUUAUUUCACCAGCUCCAUUUGAGCUCGCUUGAUUGACUUUCAGUGCCUUCCUUUUACAGGUCAAGUUCAAUUACACUUAACCUCCGAAUUGAACAGAUCGGAACGGUCUUAGCUUCGUGAUUUGCAAUGUCUUCUUCCUUGCAUCAACUGUUUGGCAUACUAUGCAUCAUCAUGAUGUUUGUUCUCCGGAUGUCUGUCUCCGCCUCGCCAAUAUGCCCAGGCAGCAGUAUAACCAUCCGGAAUCCAGCAACUGGGCAUGUUCAGUGCCAGAAAUGCCUCGUAUGCCCAGCGGGGCAGGGUCUCUCUGUGGACUGUGGUGAUGUAAUUACACCACAGACAGCCAUAGUUUGCGAGCCGUGUGAACAAGGGAUGACUUAUUCAUCCAAAAGCGAGGCUGGUGCAUGCAAGACUUGUACGAAUUGUGGAGAAUAUCGAGAGACCAUAAAAUCUUGUACUCUGACUUCUAAUGCAGUGUGUGGAAAAAACUGCACGCUUGGAGCUUACUCAGAAGGUAUACGCGGCAUGUGUAGACCAUGUUCAGCUUGUUGUAACGACGGACAAGAUUACAUCGAGCCAAAGUGCAAAGUGCCAUGGGUGCCAAAAAAUAAACAGUGCAGCGACCUUCGUUUGAAAAAGUGCAGCAAGAAGAUAGUCAACAUAACAACGGUAGAGGAGAAUCACUCAACGUCAUCAACAUCAACAUCAACAUCAACCCACACAGGAUUACCAGUGUCCCCCCCGGUCACAAGAGGCGUUGUACGAGAUUCAGCCUCCACGAACGACGUCUCUCUACCAAAUGGAGCGAUAAUUGGUAUUGUAAUUGGCGUUCUAUUGGUGGUUUUGAUACUGGCAGCGCUGUUUAUCUAUAUUGUAAAAACGAGACAACCACCUUUAAACAAUGGGGUGGAGGAAACAGGACAACCGAGUGAACACCGAGUACAGGUGAGGUCUCAAAAGUAAUAAGUAAGGUCAAUAGAUUUACGGUGCCUGAACUAACUGAAUAACGAAAGAUUAAUUAUUUGCAUUGGGCUCCUGUCAUUUGUGCUCAGUUCCCUGUUUAAUGACGUCAGAAGCUCCUAAUGACGUCAAGUGUCAAAAACAGAGUCGGUGACAACGUAUUGAAGUAAGCUAUGUUGCCGAAUUUUUGACCAAAUGGGAAGUAUUCAACCAAAAAGCGUUUUAUCAUUUAGAUUAUAAAGUAAUGCAAUUAAUUUUUAAAAAGUAUUCCAAUUGGAUUGUGGAUAAAUAAUGGUAGUCGUUCCGAGUGGAGUGCAAUUUGGUCCGAAAUCAUACGGGCUAUUUCAAAUGGAACAAGCGUACAGCGCGAGUUGGAUUUGAAAUCACAUGUAUAAUUUUAGACAAAAAUUGCACGACACGAAUUUCAGUCACCUUCAUUAUAUCCAUUUUGGAAUCGCAAAAUGCAAUCUCUCAUACGCAGGAUUUUUUAGACUGCACGAAUAUUUAUUGAUCCAGUCCUGGGGUAGUUCGUAAAAGUUGUCAAAGUUCUUUCAUUUUUGUGCAGUUUGAUUGGUUACUUUACAUAAGCCUUGAAAUCUGAUCGGUUGUUUUGUUUUGAUGAAGCUUUCUCAUUUUCUUGGAAAAAUAUGCGAUUAAGAGCAAAAAAUGGUGCAAUUCGUGAAUAAAUCGCACUGAUGAGAGCCAAUCAGAUUGUAAGGGUGAUCAGUGAUCUCAAAAUGGGUGCAAUAAAGAGGAUUACAAUGGCUUUUUGAUGGUCGAUCACAAACAAUAUUGACAUUUGAAUCUCAUGGUUUUUAUUCUGGUUCUUUAGUUUUAGACCGCAAGCCCUUGGAUCCACUCAAGGACCACACCUGUAUGUCGAGAACGAUUUCUUUAUAAUUAAUGAUUAAUGUUAUAAAUUGCCAAACAAUGUAACGAAAUACUAGACUGAUUGUAACGCGAAUAGGAAGAUUUCGUGACAUGAUAUUUCACAACGUUGUAAAGAAAGUUCAACACUGAUUUGCAUGCGUACAGUGAACUAAAUAAGGGAAAGAAACGUGUAAUUGUGAAAUUGCAACUAAAAU